GAGAACACCAGUCCUGAUUCAUCGACUUCUUGUAUCUACCAGAUUAUAAGAUCUGAGCCUGAUAUUAGUCCAAGAUGUUACGGCGGAAACCGUCCAACGCCUCGGACAAGGACCCCGGUCAAAAAAAGAAGUUAUCGCUACAACGUUCCAGCAGCUUCAAGGACUUCGGGAAAUCGAAGAUCAGCUCUCCUGUCUGCGACAAGGAAUUCAACCUGGAGAAUGAUAUCCCUGAAAAUGAGACCUCAUCAGGUUCCGCAGGAGCAGAAGAAGGCAAAGGUAGCGGGGGCAAGUUCAGCAAGAAAUGGCGAGCCGUCAUAUCCCGGACGAUGAACAGGAAGUCAGGGAAAAUGAUGAUGAAAGCGAUGGCUGACGAAUGGGGAGAACCUGGAGAACAAGGGUCCAUGUCCCCAGUUUCCCUGGAUGGGAGUAUGGAUGGCGGCUUCCCAAGAAAAUGUUCCGACCCGGAGGAAAACCACCACCCGGCAGUGAGCAGACAGACCUCCAGCGGGAGCGAGCUGUGCAGUCCUUCCUAUAUGUUUAGUAAUAGAGACAGCAUCAACAUGGAGAACCUGGAGCCUCCGUACAAUGGCCCGUUCUGUGGAAAAGCCAAAGUCCAUACAGACUUCACACCAAGUCCGUACGAAAAAGAUUCCCUGAAGCUCAGAGUGGGAGACAUCAUUGACAUUAUUGAGAAACCACCCGUCGGCACCUGGACGGGAAUGCUAAGGAACAAAGUUGGAUCAUUUAAGUUUAUCUACGUGGACAUUAUUCCCGAGGAGACGGAAAACCCAAAAAGAGUCAGGACUCAUGGGCGCAGCAAGAAAUCCCAACCCAAGAGCUUACAGGAGCUGCUGGAGCGGAUCAAUAUGCAGGAACACAUUGCGACCCUCAUGCUGAAUGGUUACGAGACCAUUGAAGACUUCAAAGACCUGACAGAGAGUCACCUCCUGGAGCUGAACAUAACUGACCCGCAGCACAUUGUGAAGCUCCUCACUGCCGCCGAAUUCUUGCUGGAUUAUGAUACCGGCAGUGACCAUGAAGAGGCGACCGAGACCUCAUCCUCCAGUCAAAGCUGUCCCCUCCCCCGAGACUCGGGCUGUUACGAGGGACCCGAGAACCUGGAGAACAGCAGAGACGAGUCCGACAUCAACCGCUUGUCCUUAGAUGACUCUAUUAUCAAGACGCACACGGAAACCGAGACGCCUGAAGAAGUAUCGAGCCACGACGGAUGAGACACGACCGUAAACUCUGCAUCGGGAUAGUCCUCGGCUGGAGGAAUCCAUGAACUGAGCAAAGUGAUGGGACGGACACGAAGAGCGAACAACAUACGGCUCCAAUUCUUUCCAUCUAUUUUUUUUAAUAUGUUUUGUUUCUUCUUUUAUUGUUGGAAAUGUUUGUGUAAGAAGGAGCCGUCCUGGUCCUGGCGUUACGUAUAUCUCCAGAAGAUCUGCAAAUCUACAUAACAUCCAGACGCAGGGGUACUCCAUGUUCUGCAGUGGUCAGAGGAAGUUACGGCUGUACAAGAGACUCUCUGCCCUCCACAGGCUUCUAUGAGAAGGAAACGUCAGACAAUUGUGCAAGAAAUCGAAGUGUCAGGAGAAAACAAUGAGACAAGAGAGAAAUUGCAGAAAUACGCCAAUGUAUACGGGGGAUACGGAGAAGGUAACAUAUAUAUGUAUCGAAAGCCAUAGGAGGAAAGCGGAUCAUUAUGGCCACAAGCCAAUCAAGCCAAUGGAACGCCGCAUAGAACUCUUGGCAGUGCAAGUAGAAGGAUUUCGGAUCCUGAAGAUCUUCCUCAGAUGUAUUUCAGAUCUUCUCAAUCUUAUUUCCAAUCUUAUAGCCACAGAUACAUUUCCUGCAUCGUCUUGCUACAAAGUGUCGAUAGAAAAAUAAAAAUAAAAUUGUACAUAGUCAACUGUUAUCUGUUACUUC